UAUAAAUAAGUAAUUUAUGUCGAUAAGUUUUAGUAAUAGUGACGAUAGCAAUUCUGACUCUAAUGAAUUUGACCCUGAUUUUGUCCCUAGUAGAACACGUUCUGUACCCAUUGACCCUACAAAUAAACCGAUAACCAGAUCACGAAAUAAAGAAAAAAUAACAAUUUAGGUACUUCUGACACCCUGAUGCUAUUAGAUUUAAGUUCCAAUAGCACUACUGAAAUAACAAACGACAAUAUGAGUACUAAACCAAUAACAACAUUAUCUCUAGAAACAGCAAUAAAUUUAAUACCUAAAUUUAAUGGGGAGAAAUCACAAGAGGUGUACCCAUUUUUAAACACAUGCGACUUCGUAACAAAAAUGAUUAGUGAGGACUGUCGUCCCAUUCUUUUACAAGCAAUUUUAACCAAAUUAUCGGGUAAAGCCUUUGCGGCGACACAACACAGAGAAAUUUUAUUAUGGGAGCUAUAAAAAAAAGUUGUUAGAAAUAACAUUUUGUGCACAAAGAACCCCGGGAUAUUUACAGUUAGAGUUAUCAACCACUAAACACAAAUCAGGCGAAACCGUGCAAGAAUAUUUUGCUAGAGUAUAAAAGCUCUUACAUGAUUUAUGUAAUGUGAGUACAAGUGGGAGAUCCCUCACCGAUGUUAGGGCGUUCACGAAUACAUAAAAGAAACAACUGUAACGACGUAUAUAGAAGGAUUACCAUCCAUUAUUCGAGUUGUAAUAAAGUCAAAGAAUCACCGAAUUUUGGAAGAAGCUAUAAAAGAUAGCCUUGAAGAAGAUAAAAUUUAUCAGAGCGCAACGCUUGUUGAACAACAGACCUAGUCACAAUGUCAGUACCAAAUAUUGUAAAAACUGUUGUAGAAACAAUCAUAAUACAAAUGAGUGCAGGUAUUCAAGUCGCAGAAUAGACACGGGUCAACCAAAUAAGUACAAUAGGGAAAACAAUGAUCAAAAGAGUGAAAAUAAUAAUCAAACAAAACACUGCAUGUACUGUAAAAAAUCAGGUCAUGUUGAAAUAGAAUGUUACGAGAAAAAAAAUGCAGAGACAAGAAAAGAAAAUCAACAUUUUCGAAAUCAGCCGUCCACAUCGGGAAACGUUUCAGGACUGAACGUAACGGGCAACCGUUCGGUUCGAGAACUCAAAAUAAUCGCCCAAAAUUAAACGUCUUCAAUUUUACAGUAAAGUUGAAGAACAAUCACGCCACAUGCGGAAUUCCACAAUGCACACAAGGUGUGGCAAAUCUAUUAGUGGUCACGGGUUCGGAACUAAAUCUUAUUAAACUGAAUAAACUUCAAGAUGAUGUUAUGGUAACAAGUACGAAAAUAUAUAAAAUGCAAGGUAUCAGUGAUAAAUUAGUUGAUACUCUAGGGAGCACAAUUUUAACGGUGUCAUUAGAUGAUGAAAGCUACAAAACUGAGUUUCAGGUAGUUGACUCAUCAUUUCCGAUAGACGGUGAUGGCAUAUUGGGAAACCCAUUCCUUAGGGCUAAUAAGCUAAUAAUCGAUGUAGGAAGGGAUGAGUUAACUUCUAAAUCAGAAGAAAUACACACCAUACCGGCUCGUUGCGAAUUAAUUAUUCAAAUACAAGUAGACACUUAUGACAAAUCAGGUCAAAAUGUGCUUAUUCACGCGCAAGAAUUGGACAAAAACAUUUUAUGUGGAAAUCUACUGAAUAUUAUCAAAAAUAAUCAAAUUCUUAUUAAUGUCAUGAACCCUACAGAAAUAUCUCAAGAAAUACUAAUACCAAAACUUACAGACUUAUCGCAUGAAGUAUUCGAUUUAGAUUCAAUAAAUAACACUCGUUCGGUAAGAGAAUAUAAUAACACAGAAAAUCGCCUUCAAAUCUUAAAGGACACGCUUAGUUGUGACCACAUGAACCACGAAGAAAAAGAAAUGAUUCUAGAACAUGCAGCGAAUAUGCAGACAUUUUCUUCUUAGAAGGAGAUACAAUCAAUUGCACAGAAGCGAUACAGCAUGAAAUAAAGACCCCAAAUGGUACCCAACCGAUUUAUCAAAAACCGUAUCGUCUUCCUUAUGUACGAAAAGAAAAGAUAAACGAACAAAUCGAUCAAUUAGAACAGAAUGGAAUCAUAAUUCCCAGUGAGAGCCCCUGGAAUGCCCCAUUACUAAUUGUACCAAAGAAGGCGGACGCUUCAGGAAAUAAAAAAUACAGAGUUGUAGUAGACUUUAGGAAGCUGAAUAAUAUCACAAUAGGUAAUGCAUUUCCUAUGCCCGACAUAACAUCAAUACUAGAUCAACUAGGUAAAGCAAAAUAUUUUUCUUGCCUUGAUUUAGCUUGUGGAUACCAUCAGAUCCCAAUUCAUCCAAUAGAUAUGGAAAAAAACAGCUUUCAGUACAGAAAAAUGCCAUUAUGAGUUCAAAACAAUGUGUUUUGUCUUGAAAGGAGCCCCGGCGACAUUCCAAAAAUUGAUGAAUAGAGUACUGAAUGGGAUCAAUGGAUCAAGAGCAUUUGUCUAUUUAGAUGACAUAAUAGUCAUCAACACAACUUUGAAAGAACAUAUAAUCCGGUUACGAGAAGUCUUUGAUAGACUACGGAAAUUUAACUGACAACUCCAACCUCCAAAAUGCGAAUUUUUGAGGAAUGAAGUAAAUUACCUUGGACACGUAAUCACUGAAAACGGAGUAAAGCCGGAUCCAAAAAAAAAUAGAAUGUUUAGUCAAUUACCCACUGCCUACAAACGCUAAGGAAGUCAAAUCUUUUCUUGGAUUAGUAGGGUAUUACCGGAAAUUUAUUAAAGACUUUAGUUAAAAAGCUAAACCUCUCACAAGUCUAUUAAAACAAAAUCAACCAUUCAUCUGGUCGGAUAUUUGCCAGGAUUCUUUUAUUUUUUUCAAAAACAUUCUAAUAAACGAACCAUUGCUUCAAUACCCAGAUUUUAACCAGCCAUUCAAUAUCACAACGGAUGCAAGUAAUGUUGCGAUCGGUGCCAUCCUUUCACAAGGAAAAAUCGGGUCAGACUUACCAAUAGCUUAUGUAUCACGUACAUUAAACAAGGCUGAAACUAACUAUAACACAACCGAAAAGGAGUUAUUAGCAAUAAUAUGGGCUACAAAACAAUUUCGACAGUAUAUUUAUGGACGUAAAUUCAAUAUUAUAACGAAUCAUAAACCGUUAUCUUGGCUUUUUGGAGUGAAAGACCCAGGAGCGCGACAGACAAGGUGGAGGCUCCAACUAGAAGAGUUCGAUUAUGACAUUAUAUAUAAACCAGGCAUACAAAACACUAAUUCAGACGCUUUGAGUAGAAUAACAGUCACAAGCGUACCACAGAAGUCUGAAACACCAAAUGAAUAUCAUAAAUAUCUAGAAGACGUACAAACAAAAUUAAUAACAAAUUCGAACGUUACAGAAAUAGAAGGGAAUUUAUUUGAAUCACCAUCGGAUUAUGCCAUUGGGCACUGUGUAUCAAAGAAUUUUAAAAUGUCAGAAGGCAUUAGCCUAGAAUUUAGGCGAAAAUUUGGAAAGAUUGAUCAAUUAAUACAACUAAAUAAGCAAGUGACUGAAAUUGUUUUCCUCCAGGAAAAUCAACUUUAUAUUUUAUAUAUAAUCACCAAGGAGUGGCAUACUCAGAAACCAACAUAUGAAACAAUGUUUUUUGCCAUGAAGAAUUUACGAAGAUUUUGUGAAUCUCAUAACAUAAAAAAAGUAGCUCUUCCCAAAAUCGGUAACGGUUGCGAUCUACUAGAUUGGGAACAAGUGCGUACGACUAUACGAUAUGUUUUUAAGAACUCUGAUAUCAAAAUACUCAUCUAUAGUAUUGACACUUACUCAGAGGAAGAAAAAACACAAUAUUAUCGAGGAGUUUCAUCUAUCACCGUUGGGAGGUCACCAAGGUGUAUCUCGUACCAUUAAAAGAAUUAAGCAACAUCAUAACUGGAAAAACCUGAAGAAGGACGUGAUAGAAUAUAAAAAAAAUAAUGUGAAUCAUGUAAAAUAAAUAAAAACGAUAAUCACAUAGUAAAACAACCCAUGAUAAUAACGUCGACAGCGAACAAACCAUUUGAAAAAGUUUGCCUGGAUAUAGUAGGACCAUUGGAAACUACGCAGAAAGGGAAUUCGUGUACAUUAACGAUUCAAGACGACCUAUCAAAAUUCUCUGUAGCUAUACCAUUGCCGAACCAUACAGCAAAUACAAUAGCAAGAGCUUUUGUCGAAUAUUUUAUCUGUCAUCAUGGUCUACCUGAAUCAGUAUUGACUGAUCAAGGACCGGUUUCAUGAGUAAAAUCUUUAAAGAGUGUCGUAAACUACUGAAAAUCAAGAAAAUCAAUACAACAGCGUACCAUCCACAGUCAAACGGUGCACUGGAACGAUCACAUCGCACGUUAGCGGAAUAUUUACGUCACUAUGUAGAUGAAAAGAAACAGAAUUGGGACGAUUUUAUUCCAUAUGCGAUGUUCACGUAUAACAGUACCGUACAUUCAUCCACAAAGUUUCAACCUCAUGAACUCGUUUACGGACAUUCGCUAGAGGUUCCUCAUACACUAUCUCGUAACCCUCAACCAUACUAUAAUUACGAAGAUUAUACAUUCGAACUCCGUAGAAAAAAUGCAAAAAUCCUCUUUAAUAUCUAGGGAAAACCUUAUAAACAAUAAAGAAAAGGCCAAAAUUGGAUAUGACAAAAACCGAAACGAAAUAAAAAUCGACGUAGGAGAUAAAGUCUUCAUUAAAAAUCAUGUACGCAAGGGUAAGUUGAGCCCUAAAUGGUUAGGACCUUACGAAAUAUUAAGCCUAGAAGAAAACGAAAACGUUUUGAUUAAACGUGGGCGUAGAGAAGUUAGACUUCAUAAAAACGAGCUAAAAAAGUAUCACCCGUAAAGUUGUACCGAAACUAACUUUUAUAUACAUAUAGACUUAUAUUUUAUACAAAAUUAUACAAAAUUCCUAAAUAAUUUUAAUGUAUAGCAAGCAUCGGUUCAAUAUUAUACCAAUUCUGUUAUUUCUUUCAGAACUAUUUCGAUUGGAAAAGCAGAAAAGAAUUACUUCAACAUUACACUAAUCGUUAAUCCAUCAGGGAUUUAUUUCCAUUCAAUUAAUAAUUUACGUGUUCAUAAUUCCUAUUGACGAUUUCUUACUUAUGUUAAUAUUACAAACUAUGUUGAAAAAACACCAUAAAAUCAAUAACAUGAUUAAUCAAAUCGGGAAGUCUUGUGAACUAGGAAAGUCUCUCGAAAUUCAAUCGGUACAACAUACUUGCAAUCAGUACAAAUAUCAGGCUAACAAUUUUUUAGCAGAAAUAAGUAAUAAUAUAGAGCACGUUAUGAGAGUUAUAGAAUCUCCGAAAGAAAAAUAUCGUAACAAAAGAGGUCUAGUAAACAUAGUUGGCAGAGUAGCAAACGUCCUAUUUGGAAUUUGCGACGAUGUUGACGCAGAAUAUUUUUAUGAUAAAAUUAAGGAACUGGAAAUUUCAAAAUCACGUAUUUCAGGAUUAACUGAAACCCAAACUCAAAUCAUGCAAUCAAUAAUAUCAAAUGUAUACUCGUCCUUGGUAGAGAUGGAAAAAGUACAAGUAAACCUAGUCGAUAAAUAUAAUUAUUUAGUUCACGAAAUACAAAUAGAAAAAGUCCAUAUAUGCUUCUUAGAGUUCCAAACAGCUCUAGAGGAACAAGUAUUAUUAUUAAAUCUAAUUUUAACACAAUACGCGUUUGAAACCGAAAACCUAGUUAGCAUUAUAAAUAUGGCUAUUCAAGGCCUCGUUCACUUUAGUAUAUUAGACGUCAAAACGCUCAAAAACCAAAUAAAAGAUGUUAAAACACAAUUACCUGUUGGGGAAGGUAUCCCAAUUAAUUUAGACGAUUCUGGAGUUUCAGAGUUGCUUCGACUCACUACAACUAACGUUGUUUGUAUAAAAGAUAUACUAAUUUUUAAUAUGGAAAUACCUUUAGUCAAUAGUUACAAAUUUUUAUUAUAUAAGACAAUAUCUUUACCGAUUAAUUUGCUUAAUAAUACAUAUGUAGCAAUUGUACCUUCGACUCAUUACAUAGCGAUAGAAAAAAUCUAGACUAUACUACAUAGAAUACAAUGAAAUACAAUUAUCAAAAUGUAAACAAAUAACAAAAACGUUAGUAUAUCCAUAUGAUCAACAGCUACAUCAUUUAGAUAAUUCAUGUGAAUUAAUGAUAUUCAGAAAACCCGGUGUAAUACCUGACUCAUGUAACUUAAGAAAUGUUAAUUUUAAUUUCAGUAUUUGGCAUAGACUAGAAAACACAAAUUCGUGGAUAUAUAUUACAGUUAAAGAUAAUAUUAUUGUCAAAUGUAAAGAUAUAUCUGAAGGAGAGAUCGUAAAUGUAAAUGGCAUUUCCAUUAGUCUAUGCCCUUUUGAGGAGUGAAACACAAGAAACUUACUCUUCAUUAUUAACAGUAAUACACAAUAUUUUACCUCUUCGUUAUAAUAGAAUCAGUUUUGUCACUGAUUAUGUACGAGCUCUUAUGAAUGCUAUCAGUGAAGUAUUUCCAAAUAGUCAAUUAGUAUGUUGUUGGUUUCAUUAUACAAAGAAAAGCUGAUUGUUGAUUGUUGUUGAGAAUCAGUUCUUUAUAAAAUUUCAACAGUGCAAAAAUGGCUUUAAAGUUAGAAAUUAAAUGUGCAAAAAUGAGAGGGAAAAUACAUCUAUAAUGAUAAUAGAAUGCGUACAGCAGCUGAAUCAAGACGGUGACUUAUUG